GGCAGAGCGACCGCGCCACAGACACACACAGUCCACAUUUCCAGAGGAGACCGACAGUCUCCCUCCAACAUUUUCUGUCGAGCUCGGGUAACAAAACAAGCGGAGCUGGACUCGUGCCGCACUCCGGGAUAGAUUAUCAGUUAAUUUCGCAGGAUUUGAUUUGCUGUUUAUUCUCCCCCGGACGACACUUUACGCACAUAGCUCUCAGGAUAUAAGUUAUUUACAGUAGCAUAAGCGGAGAUCCUGGAAGAUGGGUUCAGUCCCGGCGAUAUCUGUCCUUAUUUUGGGCAUUGUGGUUCCAGCGCUGGCCGGCUAUAUUGAGGCACUGGCAGCAAAUGCAGGCACAGGAUUUGCCGUGGCCGAGCCACAGGUGGCGAUGUUCUGCGGGAAGCUCAACAUGCACGUCAACAUCCAGACCGGCCGCUGGGAACCCGACCCAUCCGGAACCAAGAGCUGUGUAGGAACCAAAGAGGGCGUGCUGCAGUACUGCCAGGAGAUGUAUCCUGAGCUCCAAAUCACAAACGUGGUGGAAGCCAACCAGCCGAUUCGUAUUGAGAACUGGUGCAAGAAGGAGAAGAAGGUGUGCAAAGGGCAUGCACAUAUCGUGGUGCCUUACAAGUGCUUAGUGGGCGAGUUCGUGAGUGACGUACUACUGGUUCCAGAGAAGUGCAAGUUCUUCCAUAAGGAGCGCAUGGACAUGUGCGUCAGCCAUCAGCAGUGGCACGGCGUCGCCAAAGAGGCUUGUGCCAAAAGCUCGAUGGUGCUGCACAGCUACGGCAUGCUGCUGCCCUGUGGCAUUGACAAGUUCCACGGCACCGAGUACGUGUGCUGCCCCGCCUCGCGCACCGGGGAAUCCGUUCCACCUUCCCCGCCCUCCGAGGUGGACGACGUAGAGGAGGAGGUAGAGGACGAGGAAAUUGACGAUACCGACCUGGUCGAGGAGGAGGAGGACAGUUUGACGCCAGCUGAAGCGCAGCCCACGCAAAAGGAGGAACCGGUGGAGGAGGACGAGGAGGACGAGGAGGAGGACGAGGAAGAGGAGGAGUACCACUACGUCUACGAGGACGAGGAGACAGAUAAGGAGGACGAGGACGAGGAUGAGAAGAAAGAGAGCAGUAAAAUGUCAGACAGCCAAGAUGAGGACAAAACUCUGCAGGAAGUGAAAGCGGUGUGCACCCUGGAGGCUGAGACCGGCCCCUGCCGUGCCUCCAUGCCCCGCUGGCACUUCGACAUGAGCCAGAGGAAGUGCGUGCGCUUCAUAUACGGGGGCUGCGCCGGCAACCGCAACAAUUUCGACUCAGAGGAGUACUGCAUGGCCGUGUGCAAGCGCCUGACCACACCUCCGAUUCCACAGCCCACCGAUGAUGUUGACAUCUACUUCGAGACCCCGGCCGAUGACAAGGAGCACAGUCGCUUCCAGAGGGCCAAGGAGCAGCUGGAGAUCAGGCACCGCAACCGCAUGGAGAGGGUAAGAAAAGAGUGGGAAGAGGCUGAUCGCCAGGCUAAGAACCUGCCCAAGGCUGAGAGGCAGACAUUGAUCCAGCACUUCCAAGCAAUGGUGGAGUCCCUGGAGGAGGAGGCAGCCAGUGAGAAGCAACAGCUGGUGGAGACACACCUCGCCCGGGUGGAGGCUAUGCUGAAUGACCGCCGCCGUCUGGCCCUGGAGAACUACCUGGCUGCCCUGCAGGCCGACCCCCCCAGGCCCCAUCGCAUCCUGCAAGCCCUCAGAAGAUACGUCCGUGCCGAGAACAAGGACCGCCAGCACACCACCCGCCACUACCAGCACGUCCUGGCUGUUGAUCCUGAGAAGGCUGCUCAGAUGAAGUCACAGGUGAUGACCCACCUGCGUGUGAUCGAGGAGAGGAUGAAUCAGAGCCUAUCCCUGCUCUACAAAGUACCCUAUGUGGCCGACGAGAUUCAGGAUGAAAUUGACGAGCUUCUCCAGGAGCAGAAAUCCGACAUAGACCAGUUCAUGUCGUCCAUCUCUGAAUCACAGCCUGAUGUCACCGUGUCGUCAGAGGAGAGCGUGGAAGUCCCCGUCUCUGAGGGCAAACCCUACCGCCCCUUCCAGGUCACAUCCUUGGGGUCCCGUUCGGAGCCAGAGGGCGAUCUAUCAGACUCCCCACGUGCCUUCAAGAAAGGCUCCGCCAUGUCUGGUUUAGACGGUCUGAUAGGUGCCGAGGAGAGAAUCAUCAACAGCAAACCCAAGAUCAGCGACAACGUGGUGAUUGAUGAGUCUCUGGAUGUUAAAGAAGUGGUUUACAGUGCAGAGAGAGUCAGCGUUAUGCAUGAUGAUGAGCUGGGGUCCUACCGCCCUCUGGGAGAGGACUUCAGCUUCGGCAGCAGUGCACUGAUUGGCUUGCUGGUGAUUGCGGUGGCCAUAGCAACUGUGAUUGUGAUCAGUCUGGUGCUUUUGAGGAAGAGGCAAUACGGCACCAUCAGUCACGGCAUCGUGGAGGUCGACCCCAUGCUGACACCAGAGGAGCGCCACCUCAGCAAGAUGCAGAACCACGGCUACGAAAACCCCACCUACAAAUACCUGGAGCAGAUGCAGAUCUAACUUUAGCCUACAGGGGGCGCUAUAGAGUCGGACAGAGGACGGCAACUGAGGGGGAACAUACUACUGACCAAUAACAUAUGCUAUUGUUAAAACGAAAAUCAUUUGCAAACAUCCAAACUCCAUUUACCGGUUUGUUCAGAAACAAUCCUUAAAUAAUGCUACUACUUCUACUACUGCUACUAUUGUACUAUAGAGCUCUUUUUGAUCAUGUUUCUUUUGAAAAAGGUGAUGUAUCUGCCAUUUUUGCAUUAUGGAAAAUGUGAUUCUGCAGAUUUCUCUGUAAUUAUCAGUACAGCUAUCUCAGAUCAAGAUGUAUAACAUUUCUUCAAACAUUUUCUUUUCUUUUUCCUUUUUUUUUUUUAAAGUGAAAUGCAAAUCAAGCAAAAUUGAAAUGUCUUUUGAGUCGCCAUCAUCGAACCGGCAUUACCAGACUACACUAACACUUCAGUUGUCCAUCAUGCGAGUGUCAUGCAGUUUCUGAUGGUUUUUCUCCAAAAAGAAUUCAUGUUUUAUUUUGUUCUUUUUUUUUUCUUCUCUCCUCUCAAUAGAUUGCUUGUAUAUGAAGGUUCUUUGUACCAAUUAAAAUGUAUAGUGAAACAACAACGAGAAAAAAAUGAAAUCAUGGAUUAUUUACUUUCUGUUCUUUGUUAUGAUGACAGACGAAAAUAUACAUAUACAGUUUAAAUAUAUAUAAGAUUAGAUGUUUUUAUUCCACCUUUUAUUCCCAGGAAAGAGGUUAGAAGUCGGUUUAGGGUUCUUAGCUCGGCGAUCAUGAGUUGUGUUUGCAGGCAGAAAGAGUCGGGGAAGGGGAAUGUGUGCACAGACCCCCAGCUCAAACACAUCACACACAAACCUACUCUGAUCCCUUACUUAGUGAAUGUGAUUAUAUAUUCCCUCCUACACAGACAAACAGAUUAACAUCGCUAGAUUAGGUGUUGACAUGUGUUACAUAGUUGAAUGUAUUGGGGAAGCUUUUUUUCCAUACUAUGUAUCUGACAGGAUGUGGCUUUGAGUUUAAAAUCACGAUUAUCGUGGCAGCAGGCGAUGACGUGCCACAAAGUGUUUGUUUUUUGUUUUUUUUAUUAUUUUUUGUUUUCUUGUUUCUUGAAGCAAAAAUCAAGUACUGGAAAAGCUACAAAUCUUUGGAGGGAAUGAUGUACACACACACACACACACAAACACACACACAUUAUUAUUAUUGAAGCAACUGUUGGCUUUGCAGGUCAUAAAGCGUAGAACAGUCUGACAGAUCAAAAAACAGGGCUGGCCCAGAGAGGAAAUAAUCAGCUGCUUAAACUCCAUCUGCCAUCAGGGCCGCCCCCCCAAAUGAAUCAAUUUAGGGGGGGGCGCUUAAAUUUUAAAUUCUUUUUUGAUUGAAACCAAUAAUUUUGAUGGGUACUAAAACCUUUAAUAUAACAAAUUUUGCAAUCUCUUGCAAAGAUUUUGGGGGGGUUCGGGUACCCAGAAAGGCUUGGGCGGGCCCUGGAUCAAAGCCAACUGAAGACAGCUUGGAGCUGGAGGGCUGUGCAGGCAGACAGAGACACACAGAAAGACAAGGCUUGGAGAGCUGGUUUCUGAAAACAAAAAGCUAACGUGUAUUUUUACAGGUAGAGACUGACACAAACAAGUAAAACUGAAUCCUAGAGCCCUCUUUCUCUUUCUCUUCUCUCUCUCUCUUAGUAUUGUCUUUGUAUGCCUGUAUAGUUGAUGUUGCAAUCAUGGCUUUUUUCCGGAGGAUUACCUGUGGUGUGCAUUGUUCUUAUAUGAAAUGAUAUGAUAUAUAUUUUUAAGUUUGUUUUCUUGUUUUCUAUUUUUUCUCUUCCUGUGACAGUAUCUCUGUAUGUGACUGUCUCACUAUGCACCCAAACGGCUUCAAUCUUGUAACUGCCUGCUUGAUUGUGGGAGGGGACUGGGAACUAAUAUAAUAUGCAUAUUAGUGAUUUAAAAAAAUAAAUAAAUUUGAUUGACACAAAUGGAAACGGAUUUAUGGUUACAGGGGGGAUACACAUCAAUAAACUCACAACUUCCA